GCAACCAGGAACGCAGCAGUCAGAUGGGUAGAAGCUGGUGCAUUUUGGACCAGGGCGAGCCAAUCCUCAAUGCUGGGCUUUUUUUAAAAUAGGCAGAAAGAUUAGUGACUAGAGCUCUGCGGCAGCAACGCCUCUAGAAAGUGUCAGGAAAAUGCUGUCUGAUGCUCCAUGAAACAAAAUAAAAUGAAAAUGCAAGAAAACCAAACCUCGCUGUUUAACGGGGGUGACAUGACUUCAUUCCACUUAAAAACAAAAGUGUUCUUCUGCGAAUGUGUUAGUGAGGAACAUUUGAAAUAGACGUCUCAGUCCCACGCCCAUGAGGCAGCUCCAGAAUCAAGGGCUAACCUUCCUUCCUCUCAAACCAAGUACAAUUUAAAUCUCGCUGGGCCAAAAUGUGACCCCCAGGCCAGGCUCCCAGUUCCUCUCUGCCGGAGUAAGUAGUGUGCUGAGUAAGGGUUUGCUCCGAUAACAGAGGGGUGAAAAUAGCUGGCAGUGCGAUCCAUUCUACUGCGGAAUAGUCUCCCACAGGGAAUGAUGGAUGCACCGGUGCUUUUUAUUGAAACUGUAACUUAAAACAGCUCUGGAGACUGGACUGUAGGGAACAGUGCUGCACUGAGUGGGGCAUGGAUUAGUUGUCACCUGACAUUGGCUCUCUGUAUAUUCCAAAACGAGGAUUCAAGGAAGCAGAGCUUUCCCGUCUCGUCAGGGGCUGGACUCAACUCUAUUCAUGAAGCAGAAAUUCUGCCAAGAACCCAACCCACCCAGCAGCUCGGCACUGCAGGUUCAACGUAAGCUACUGCUGAAGAUGCAAACUUGCUCCUUGCCUAUGCUGAAGGCCUUGGCCAGUGCAAUAAUAUUUGCAGUCAUUCUCUGGAACCUGAAUUUUUUUGGCUACCAAUCUGAGGUCCCUGGCCCAGCCCUGAGGCACAGCGAACCCCUGACAGUCCUGAUCUGGCAGUGGCCCUUCCGCCACACCCCGAACCUCAGCACUGACAUUUGCGCAGACCGCUUCAAGAUCAAGGGCUGCCAGCUGACGGGGGACCGCAGGUUCUUUAACCAGGCAGAUGUUGUGGUGUUCCAUCACCGGGAGCUGUGGCAGGGCAAGGUAAGACUCCCAACAGAAAGGAGGCCUGGACAAAACUGGGUGUGGGUUACCCUGGAAUCCCCCACCAACACUAAGGCACUGAGUGGCUGGAACCGAACCUUCAACUGGGUCAUGACAUACAGACAAGACUCAGACAUCUUCAUGCCAUAUGGGGAGCUUGUGCACCAUCCAUCAGCCAGUGUGGACAUUCCAACCAAAACCGGCUUGGUGUCCUGGGUCAUCAGUAACUACCACCGGACUCAGAAGAGAGCGCAGGUCUACAGAGAGCUGUCCAGGCACCUCCAAGUGAACGUGUAUGGGAAAUCAAACAAGAAGCCACUGUGCCCAGACUGCCUCUUGCCAACCACUUCCAAGUACAAGUUUUACCUGGCCUUCGAGAACUCCAUCCACCAGGACUACAUCACCGAGAAGCUGUGGAGGAACGCGCUGCUGGCUGGCACCGUGCCGGUGGUGCUGGGGCCCCCCCGAGCCAACUACGAGAAGUUCAUCCCUGCAGAUUCAUUCAUCCACAUUGAGGACUUCGGCUCCAUGAAGGAGCUGGCCAGCUUCUUGAAGACCAUGAACUCCAGCCGCUACAGGGCAUUCUUCGAGUGGAGGAAGAGGUAUGGGGUGAAGCUCUACACAGACUGGCAAGAACGGUUCUGCACCAUCUGCUCCAGAUACCCCCGCCUGGCCCAGGGGCAAAUCUACCCUGACCUGGAGAGCUGGUUCAGUGUUUGAGAAGAUGGGGCUGGGCAACGCUGAAGCUUUUCAGAGAUGUGUGACUUGUACAGAGAAGCCAGGCUGUCUGCGUUAGUGGAAAAGGACGUCUGCAUGGGCUGGCUCAUUUUGAGUCAAGUGGCUGGUGGGGUGACUGAGGGCACCGAGCAGAACCUGGGUCUGGGAGCCAGGCGCUCUGAGUCCCAGCUCUGACACAGACUUGUACUGGGACUCGGCUUCCCCGUCUAUAAAAGGCUCGUACACUUACCUACCUCACAGGGGUGUUGUGAGGACUAACCGGUGCUACGUGAGGAGCGUUGAGUCUGCAGCUCAGCAGGUGGGCGGGUUCUGCACUGGCUAGGACAGGACAGUGAGCCUUUGCCAGGGUGGAAAGUUAGGAUUUGCCAGCCCCUGUCUAGGGAAUGCCAAAGAAAUGGCUAGUUGCUCCCCUUAGGAAUAAAUGGGGCAGAGGAGCGAGGUCGGGGGGGGACCACUGCUCUGCAUUACUGUAUUUCAGUGCUAGGGUGGGGCAGAUGGGGAGGAUAGUGAGAUCAGUGAACUCUCCCUGGGGUUCAAAACCCCUUCAGAUGCCAGCCAGACCUCGAGCUGCAGCAGGAAGGCCGGUCUCUUCCUUGCACUCUCCUCUCUGGGAGGCGCUCAGAUGCCCCCCGGUGACAGGUGCCCAUGUAAGAAACAGGGUCGAUAGAGGAGGGAGGGGCUCCAAUUUGUCUGUCCCUGCUGUGUGGUCCGUUUCCUCCCAGCGCCGGAGCCCCUGCCAUUCUGGUGGUGGCGAGAGCAGAAGCGCCAGUCCCAAAGAGAUUUCCUGUCUUGCUUCUGCUUAGUCAGUCCCGGGUGCACUGCUUGGGGGGCGCCGGCUGAGCUGAUGUGGUGGGCGCUGGCAAGGCACAACGCUUUCUCAAGAACAAUCACAGCCUGUUCAGUGCUGGGACAAGUCAUAGGGGGAUGGCUGUGGUUUCUCACUCCUGUCUUGUAUUCUUCAUAUCUCUGGCAGGAAGCCGUUGAGUCUGGUUUCGCUCUGAUGCGAGACUCCCUGCAGCGGGUACGGCCUGCCCAAGCCCUGAAUGCACCCAGGGAAGGAGUCACUCUACGGGAGGUAAGAACAACGAGGAGUCCUUGUGGCACCUUAGAGACUUCAUGAUGAA